AUGACUGCCAACGCCGACAUAAGACCCGACCACUUCAAGCUGGCCGAGCGCCGAGGAACCUUCGACCGCAUCGACUCCAAGUUCCGCAAUUUUAUAUCUUCAGAACCUGGCGCCAGAGUCCCACCGGAAAAAGACCGCUAUAUAUGUGCUUCCCUCACAGGCCGGUUUCCACGGUUUGGAGGAAGCGGUAAUGGUAGCCCGUCUAAACGUCCCAGAUCCUCUACAUAA